AUGUGGGAACUCCGGUCCAUAGCCUUCUCCAGGGCGGUGUUUGCAGAGUUCCUGGCCACACUCCUCUUCGUCUUCUUUGGCCUUGGCUCGGCCCUCAACUGGCCAAAGGCUCUGCCCUCUGUGCUGCAGAUCGCCGUGGCCUUCGGCCUGGGUAUCGGCACCCUGGUGCAGGCUCUGGGCCACGUCAGUGGGGCUCACAUCAAUCCUGCCGUGACUGUGGCCUGCCUAGUAGGCUGCCACGUCUCCUUUCUCCGAGCUGCCUUCUACGUGGCCGCCCAGCUGCUGGGGGCUGUGGCAGGGGCUGCUCUGCUCCAUGAGAUUACGCCACCAGACAUCCGAGGGGACCUGGCUGUUAAUGCACUCAACAACAACACGACAGCUGGCCAGGCCGUUACCGUGGAGCUUUUCCUGACCCUGCAGCUGGUGCUCUGCAUCUUUGCUUCCACAGACGAGCGUCGCGGAGACAACCUGGGCACGCCUGCCCUCUCCAUCGGUUUUUCUGUGACCCUGGGCCACCUCCUUGGGAUCUACUACACUGGCUGCUCCAUGAAUCCCGCCCGCUCCCUGGCUCCUGCUGUUGUCACCGGCAAGUUUGAUGACCACUGGGUCUUCUGGAUCGGACCCCUGGUGGGCGCCAUCCUGGGCUCCCUGCUCUACAACUACGUCCUGUUCCCGCCGGCCAAGAGCCUGGCGGAGCGCCUCGCCGUGCUCAAGGGGCUGGAGCCCGACGCCGACUGGGAGGAGCGCGAGGUGCGGCGGCGGCAGUCGGUGGAGCUGCACUCGCCGCAGAGCCUCCCGCGGGGCAGCAAGGCCUGAGCGCGCCGCCCGCCCGGCCCCGAGGCACCCCCGCCCCCGGCUCGGGGGAGCGCCGAGUGACUGCCUGCGGGCCGCCCGCCUCGCCCCGCCCCUCCUCUCCCCAGGUCCGCAGCCCGCCCCGGUACCGAGCAGCCGCUGCCGGGGCUGCGGGGUGGCGGUGAGCCCGGCAGCCCUCCCCCCCCCCCCCAACGCCUGUCCCCAGGCUGCAGGCAGCGAGCAGUCGACCCUCUGGCCCCUUGCAGGGAGCUGGACGCUUGGGGAGGGAAGGCCGGCAGGCAAAGGGAGGCUGUGGAGGGGCCGACACGGGUAUUGCUGGGGAGGCGAGUCUGGGAAUGGCGCGUCAGGUCUUGCUAGUGGGCAAGUGUGAG